GUCAUUAUUUCUCCUCGUUCAAGUUGCAUCCUGAAAUUGCCGCUAGCCGCUAGGUCCUGCCACCACGUGCCCCGGUGCCAGCCACCCUCGGCUUGCUGUCCCUACCUCAUGCCGUGCUACUGGCCCGCCAGACCCAACGCCCCGUGCCCCACCCCCGCGCACUGCUUCCACAACCCCCCCUGCCCCGCCGCCAGGCAACGAGAGACUCCGAGAGACCCGAAUACUAGUUGUCCGAAGACUCGAAAAUGCAAUGAUAAACGAGAGGAUCAGCCGAAGUCAAAAUGUCCAAAUAUUUAUGAUAAAUCGCGUAUGAAAGGUUCCAAUUGCCCUAACAGAUAUUGUCUUGGUAGAAUACCAAACGUGAAGGAAGCUAUAGAGAUGAAGUACGGUAUGAAGUGUAGUUCUCUGACGCGGCCGUGUUCGCUGACGGCGCAGGCAUGACGACGCUCGCGAGCAGUUCCACGAGCACCAGCUCGUGUUCCAGCUUCAGUGAGAGUGAAUACAGCCACCAAUCAGAAGCUAUGAUGACUACUACUGUAUCAAACGUUAAUACUUUUCUACGAUUUUUCCAAAACAAACUCGAUACUAAAAAAAAGAAUAAAAUAAAAACAGUUGACGAAGCUAUCAGUUACCACGUGCAAGAUAUUAAAGCACCUAUAAAGUUUAGUAAAGCGACUUCGAUUAUAAAUAUUAAAAAUAAAGAUGAAGGACAUUCAGCAGUUCACGAAAAGAAAAAGAAAAUAGGAAAAGCAGCUAGCAAUAAAGAUAUUAAUAUGAAAGAAACACUUUUGGAUCAGUUGGAUUUGAGUAGUGAAUCUUUUGGAUGCAAUACUGAUUUGCAACCGAUGCAGCAGGUAAAGCAAAUAGUACCCAGGGAAAAAAACAAAUUUAAAGAAUACAAUGAUUUAUUGGAGAACAGUGAGCAAUCAGAGCCAAAUAAAUACAAAACUCUUGCUAAAACUAAAGAAGAAAAUUUAAAGAAAAAGUGUAAAUGUGUUAAUUGUAAGAAGAAAAAGGGAUAUGCUGAAUCUUCAAGCGAUGAUGAUGAUGACAGUGAUGAUUCUGUUUACUCAAAAAGCUCUACAAGUAGUUCUUCUGAAGAUGAUUCUAUAGAUGACAAUGAGUCAAUUAAUACAAAGACAAGUUAUCCCAAAGUGGAAAUCACGAAAAAGGUUUCUAAAUGUCGCAAAAUGCGUGAAGAUUAUAUUCCACCAAAGAUUAUAAAAAAGCCCAUUAUGUUGUUGGAUAUGGGAGCUCAAAGUAACUCACUGGAGAUAUUGGAAUCAUACAAAAAUAAGCGAACAGUUAAUAAAAAAUCUAUGGCAACCAGUGUAAGUGUAAACAGUCAUCCCACUUCUAAGCUAGGUGCAGAAUGUAAUGUAUCAAAGAUACCAAGUUUAAAUACGAUUUAUAAGGGAUUAAAGUUGCCAUUUAAGGAAGGCCAGCAAAAGUUCCUGGAGCCGUACGCUACCAGAACACGCAUCCCAAAAGAUGAUGGCUCACAUCAGGAAAGUAAACGUUCGAGGGAGUAUUCAAGCAGGAAAUCAUUUGAUGGCAGUUUACAUGAUAAUGAUUUGGAUAAAACUAAGACAAGAAAUGAAAGGACACGAAGUCCAUCGUAUAAACUAGUCAGCGAUCAGGCAACUAUGCCUAGUUUAGUGAUGAUUGUACAAGAUUUGAAAACUUCCUUCUUCGAACAUUACAAUGAUUUUCAAAUAACUUCUAGUAAAAGAAAAACUAUGCGAAAGAAAAGGCUUUUUAGAGAGGAGGCUGUUCAAUUGUAUCUAGAUAAAACUACAAGUACAGUGCAAUACAGAAGUACACAUCAAUUACGUUUUGAUCAUAAUAAUCGAUCCAGAAAAAUCAUAAAAUUUUUGAACGGGGCAUUCCAAGGUAAAUUUAAAAAGGGCUCAACCAAAAAAGAUGCACAUCAUCACGGAAAGAAAGACUUGAAUCCAAAAGAACACGAAAAUAAAGAUAAGAAAAGUGACAGUGACGAAACGAAAAAGAAAAAAACUGAAGGAGAUCCGCAUCACAAACAAGACGACUCUGACCGCGUUUCUUUACAGCAUCGAGAUCCCGUUCCACCAAAGUCUUUAACUAGGCAGACAGAGCAGGUAUUCUUUCCAAGACCGAUAGAUCAUAACCUGAAAAAGGCACAAGAGACAGAACGUUUCUUAAGAGAACAGAAGGAAAUACUAGAACAAAAUUUAUUAGAAGUAAGGGAAGAGCAGAAAGAACUUGAACGUGAGGAAAAACUAGCUAAAAUUGAGGAACUGGAAGAAAGACUAAAACAAGUAGAAGAAGCUCUCAAAGAAGAGGAGGAAACUAUUCGAGUAGAGGAAGAAAAGAUCCGUGUUCAAGAAGAAGAAGAUAAAUUGGCUGGCAAAACAGCAACUCGAGAGGCUACUGCAGCAGCCGGAGUUCCGCUUCCGGAAGCUUCAUCUACCAGCAUGGCUACAAGUGAGCCUGAGCCCAUCCCAGGGCAAAUGAUCGACUGCAAAGAAAGUGCAUGUUCUGUCGAAUGCAAGGAAGAGUUGCCGCUUCAAGUUAGCAAACCAUGCAGGUGUAAAGAGAAGUGUAAAAGGAAGUUCGGUGUACACAUCGAGGAUAAUGAAGAUUUUACCGCUGAACCUCCUUCAAGAGUUUUUGCAAUGACGAACCUUAAAGCUGAUCCGAGCGCAAAGAUAGAGCACGUUGAUAUUAACAAAUAUGUUCCCAAAAGGCCGAAAUCUUUCUUACGGGAUGAUAAACCUAAAACCGAUACUAAAAAAGCAAAGUCUAGUAAGUCACCGGCAAAACAACUAAAGACUAUAACAAUGCGAGAUAAAAAAGAUGAAAAUGAGUCUCUUGAAAUCGACGCCAAGAAAGGACCGUCUUCAGCAAAUCUUAGUAAGAAAAAAGACCAUCGCAGAUCAGACCAAUCGUCAUCGGAUGAAAGUUUAGCAAAUGAGUCCAAAAGGUUUAGACAGCCAAGGCAGUAUGAUGAGUCCCAAACGUAUGUUUUUGACAAAUCUGUUAGUACUAAGCCAAGUAUGCUGACCAUACUCUCAAGUCAAGAAGACAUUAUAUCUCCCCUGGAAAAGUUCUUCAGAUUCAAGAAAGUUCCAAGACAAAAACCGGUUUUGAUACCCAAUAAUAAAGCAGCGUAUCAUAACAGUGAUACAGGUUCUUCAAGCACAAGUACUGUCAGUGAAAUCAUUAACUACAAUUCUCCACGUACUCCGACAAUGAAAGAUACAAAAACUAAAAAGUCGGCAGCCAAAAAUUCGGAGGAAUCUUCAAUGCCAGAGCAGUACCAAGCACCUGAUAAAUUAAUACGUCGAAAAUCACUGUCAGCUGUUAAAGAGUCUAUAAAACAAAAAUCAACCAAUAUCGGGACGACCUCGUCUAACAGUGGGUACACCAGUAUACAUAGGAGGGGUACCAGACAUAUCGCCAUACCUAGCAGAAGACCUAAAGUUUCUGAAGGCACUAAAGUACACACUGAGGAUAUUGAAAAUCCUAACAAAACUCUCAUAGAGGGUUCACCAAAGAAAAAGAGUAAUCAAAAAGAUACUUCGCUAAUUGUAGUCCACGAUUCCAUGGAUAUUGGUGAAGCAAAAAGUGAAGCACAGAUAGCAGACGCAAUCGCCCCUCCAGUAGUUAGGAGCGAGAAAAGUAAGCGAUAUCAGCCCCCACCACACACUCUCAGGGAGUACAGGGAUACCGAGAGUAAAAAAAUGAAAACUGAAACGCCUGAGAGGAAAGUGACCUCUAUGGUGGAUGAAGGGAAACUGAAUGAACGCGAGAAGGCCUAUCGCAAAGCCUUAGAACAUGCUAGGAAACAACGCGACGUGACACCGUCUAGGACGAAGAAAUAUAAGGAAAUUGAGGUCAACAAAAGGAAAGUGACGAGAGAGGUACAAGGAAAUGUACCGGGCCAUAUUUUUUUGAAAGUAUCUAAAAGUGAAGUUUUACUUUCUUCUAAUAGCAAUAUAGCUGAAGCUGAAGUGAAAAUAUGUGAGAAAGUAGACACAGAAAAAGAUGAUAAAAUCAAACAAAAUGGGAUUCAUGACAUUGCCAAUCAGAAACCUGUGUCAGAAACUAAAGAGAAGAAACCAGAUUACACAUUCCUGAAAAAAUCUAAAAGUGAAGCUCUGUUGUCUCCUAACAGUGGUCUCAGUAAUUUUGUUGACAUGCAAGAAGAAUCAUUACCUCAGGUUUCCGCCAAGAAAGAACAACAAACAGAUGGCAAAACACAUAAUACCGCUGAGAAAGUUGAUUCAAAUUUGAAAAGUUCCACAUCUUAUAUUAGCACUGUAGGUAGUUCUAGCUUCAAUCAAGAACGAUCACCUAGAAAGAAACAUAAGGAAGAUGAAUGGACUGCAGAAAGAAAGAAAUUUGGUAAAGAUAUCGAAGGGAAAUUAAACGAUUUGCAAAUAUCUAACACUGAGCCGCUACUGUCUGACAGUCAGUUGAAUAAUAUUGAUGAACGUACGAAUUCAGAGUCAGAACAGCAAUCACUAUCGAAAAAAGAUCAAAAGGAAACGGAACUAAAAUUGAACAUUAAUCCGACUAACUUCGACAAUUCUAGCAAUGAUAAAACCCAGAAAAUUACUGAUAUCAAACCACAAGAGGAAAUACAACUAGAGAAAAUACCAGACAAAACAAUUUUAAAAGAUAUUGCCCAGACAGAUAAAACGGAACCACCUACAAACGAUGCUCAAAAAGAACCACCUACAAACGAUGCUCAAAAAGAACCACCUACAAACGAUGCUCAAAAAGAACCACCUACAAACGAUGCUCAAAAAGAAAACAUACUAAUUCCUGAUCAAGCCCAAAAAGAUUUAGAAAACAAACCACACGAGGAGAUACAGAAAGAAAAAAUACCUAACCAAGCAUCCGUCAAACAGGAAAAACCGCUGACAGAUGAAACACCACUACCUAAAAGCGAUUCCGAAAAAGAAAACAUUCCAGUUCUAACACCUCAUGUGCAUGCGAAUACGGAGGGUAAUGAUCCAGCAAAACCAAAAAGUCAAGAAGAAAGCCUAGCAGAGGAUCUAACAAAUAAAUUGCGUGACUUAAUUACUAAGAAAUCAGCUGAUAUCACAUCAAAUAGCUCUUUACACGUAGGAUUUGAGCAUACAUUAAAAAGAAAGGAACGCAACUCGAAAUCACCUCCUAAAGUAAAGUUGCGGAAAGAAGAAAAUGGCAAACAUAAGAAAGCCGAAAAGAGAGAAAGAAAACUUUCACCACCCCCCAAACACAUGAAAAUAAGUGACAGUUCACCAAAGAGCGGGUUGAAACAUACUGCUGAAAAGAAACGAGAACAUCAAGGUGCAGAUAGUUCGAAGAAAGUAAGCAUCGAUGUUAAAGAAAGGAGGGUACCUCUUCCAUCUGGCAGUACCGGGCCAGUUAAAUUUGAAUCUGCUAAUACUGCAAACAAAGCAGCUUCUCCACGACUCUACCAAAAAGAUCCAAUAUCCGAUGACAAACCUGGACAGAGCCAGGAUGGACUUUCGAGUAUUUCAUCUUCAAGUAUACAAGAUACCCAAGACGGGCAGAAAAAAAAACUUACUUCUGUCCUGAAGAGGAGCCCAUCUGUCUCCAGCGGCAGCGUGGAGUCUAAAGGACCAACGAAACGUGUGAAAUUUGCCGAAACACAAACCGAGGAAGAGGAUUUUGAACCGCGGGUAUCAUCGGCAUCGAGAAAAAAUAAAUACGACACGCUAAUGAACGACGAAGUAGGUUCAAAGUUUCUGAAGACGCAUUUUGUGAAACGUCGACAAUACGAGGAUACCGGACUGGAGACCCCCACCAAGACCAAACAACGGAAGCCAGAGAGGAACCAGAGCGAACGGAUCAGACAUUCCAGAUACCGGCAUAGUUUCUUGCGCAUAGCAACUACGCCGCCGUCUCUGAAGGAAUCUAUCGGCACCCUGGGGACUGACCCAUCAGCCCUCAUGCUGAAGUAUCUAGAACACGCACUGAAGCAGUCUCGAGGGAAACAUCAGGCCAAGAUGAUUGAGAGGCCCAUCCCAGCUCAGCUCACGAUAACGAAGCUAUAUUAUAAGCCUUCGUCUUCUUCCAGUGGGUUCAUUGAAAGACGAUCCUCUGAACCCGAGACUGAGUCCUCUGCCGAGCCGUUAUCACUCGUACAAGAAUACAUACGCAGCUUCAGAAACCAGCGCGUGCCGAGCUUUGAAAGAAUAGUAGUUCCAAGACAGAUUAUACCCAGCUACCAAAGGAUAAUCAUACCAACUGUAACGAGAGAGCGGAAUACCAAAGCAAAUAGCUGCAACAUUCCAAAACCAGUGACUGUCGCUUCCCAGCAGACUUCAACUCCAGAAAAUUUCAAGUUUACAUAGAAAAAAAAAGAUGUAAAGUGAUGGUGAUUGAUGAAGUUGUUUUAAAAUUAAUCGUGAUAGUUUAAAGUCCGAAUGAAGUUGACUUCUUGAUAAUGUCCUAGCCAAUAAAACCAUUAAAC